AAGAUACUGUUUGUAUCUUAGUAGUAAAACCUACACCCUUUUUCCGUCUCAUCCCAAUUGAAAGAACUACCAAAUCUAAGAAGAUUGUGUGGAUUAUUCCGCUGAUAAAAGACUUGAAUUUUCCCAACUAUUCACAGAGACUAUAGCUUUCUCUUCCAAAGUCUACACCUCGUUUUUUUAAAUAAAAUGGACCCAAGAAGGUACGUUUUGGAAAGUGUGAUGUAGCCUCGUGCCUAUUUGUAGGCCUCCUAUAAAUAACCGGCAGGCUACCCAUGCUCAUGUUUGAUUGGAGAUCGCAGAGCCUGGAGUGAGAGCAGUGCGCUAUCUGUCAAGGCACACAAAGGAAUAUGUGAAGGGUGAGUGAACCAGAGAUCCAACAUGGGAAGAAUCCAAUGAACGCAAUGCAAGCAGGAGUCGUAGGUAGCAAGGAACUGGGAUUUAUCCUUUUCUUUUUGAAGUAGCAUCCUCUGUCUUGUUUUUCAUGUUCUAUUGUGUUUGGGAGAACAACACAACGCGAAAAAGUUUGCACCUUUUGUGAUAUUGUUGUUAGGUUUUGUCAAGUUUGAUGUAUUUCAUCAUGGAAUAACAGACUGCUGAUUUAUUUUCAUUUAUUUAUUUCACUAAUGAACCACUUAACUUUUCCCUCCUUUUUUUUCAGCCUCAAUCUCGGUCUAUUCAAGAAUAUACAAACUAUCAGGCACCUAACGCCUCCAAAGGAAUUACCCUCACAUCUACAAGACAACACUAUACAGUGCGCCUCUCUCUCUCUCUCUCUGUCUCUUGCAUGAGAUUGUCCGAGUGAACCUGAAUCGGAGCUGAAACACCGGGUCUGGCCGUAAGCAUGAGUUCCAGGAGGGUGAUGCAGCGCUCCUAUUCUGGAGACGGCCGCACAGGCCUCCACAAUGCGGAUGACGUCAGCGGCCGGCCAUCCAGCCGGAGCUACCUCUCUAACGUCAGGCCCGAGAGCAGGAGCACCCUGUGCAGUGUGAUGGCCCAGUUAGCCGAGGAGACCCAGCCGACCUUCGAGCUCACCUUGAGGUCCAGAGCUGUGUCCGAGAAAUGCAAAGUGACCUUUACCUGUGAAGUGAAAGGUCACCCUAUCCCUGAAGUGAUUUGGUAUAAAGAUGAUGUUCAGUUAGAUAGAUACUGCGGACUGCCCAAGUAUGAAAUAUUCCGCAAUGGACCAAAUCAUUGCCUGCACAUUUACAACUGUACGGUGGAGGACGCUGCUAUAUACCAGGCCUCGGCCAGCAACACUAAGGGCAUCGUGUCCUGCUCUGGGGUGCUGGAGGUAGGCCUUAUGAACGAGUACCUGAUCCACCAGCGCUACUUCUCCAAGCUCAAACAGAAGGCUGAGAACCGCCGUAGGGAUCUGGAGGGCCGCGAGAACCAGGGUGUCGCCGAGCAGGAGCCCCUCCGGAGCCUCAGCCCAGACCGCUCGCAGAGGAAACGCCGCUCCCCAAUGGCGCCCCAUUUCAGCGCCCCCGGCUCCAUGGAGGUGGUGCCGAAACCCACCAGAGAGCGACCUGAAGCUCCAGGGCCAGGGGCUGAGGCUGCGGGGGAGGCCAGGCUGCAGGACUCUACGGCUGGGGCGACGGUGGCGAAGCCUCCCCUGUUGGCCAAUGGGGAAUCAGUGGCCCCCGCCGUUAACGGACACGAGGGGGUCAUGGAGAACGGGGGCAAGGGGGGGAAUACUUACCUGUACGACUCUGUGCAGAAGGUUUUCACUCCGCAUCAACCCAAAAUCCCCUUAGGGGAGAAAAAGAUUAAGAUGUCAAACAAGGUGGAAGGUGUGAAGGAGAAUGCCCUGGGGGAGGGGGUUUCCCAAGAUGUGAGCUCAGAUGUGCGGGGCUGUGAAACACAAGCCCGCAACGAGCUGGUCAAUGCUCAGGGGUUUUCAGAGGAGGCGAUGGAGAGCUCCCCUUCCUUCACUGCUCUGGAUUCUGCAACUCCAGCAAAACCAGAACCGGGCCAGAAGAGAACAACAGAGGCAGCGUUGAAUGUCGAUAAAACUCCUUCAAAGAAGGAUGAGGUGUCUCUGGAUGGAGCUUCGGCCCGUUUAGAGAGACCUAAAAGUGCCACGCAAAAGCAAAAGCCCGUUGCUAACACACGCUCUGUUGAUGUUUCACUUGCUGGAUCUCUGCGUAAACAUAAUGGUGAGCAUGGGUCCGAAGGUAAACAAGAUAAACUAUUAUCUCAGGGGAAAGCUGAGCACAGAGAUACGAAGAAAACCCAUUUGGAUUCGAGGUCGCAAAAGUCUCCCCAAGUUUCCCCAGCACAUCGACCACCAACACACAUAGCAACUCCCAAACAGCCCUUAAGCAGAAACCAAAAGCAGAAGGACAUUAAAGGCAGUGGUGUCACAGCGGUGGAUACUGCCAUCGGACCCGCAGCGACAGAACUUCAAACUCUGAGCACUGCACCAAAAUCAUGUACUACCGUAAACAUGGAAACCAAUUUGGCGCCGGUAACUCCAAUCAAGCCCUCUGAGCCCCCGUCACGCCCAAGACGUCAGGGGACAACACUGCGGAGGUGUCAGUCGGCAGGGGAUGCUGAGGACGCUCUCUGCCAGUCGCCAGGGGAACAGGGAUGCAGGAAGGGAACAAACCCUUGCGCGGAGAAUGUUUCUGUGUCUGAGCCACAACAGCUGGCCGAGGUCACACAGGCCCAGGCACAGCCAAACCAGACCGAUGCACCUCCCGGCCUCAAAACGCCAGCCCCCCCACGCCCCGUGGCCGCACCCCCUCCACGAAGGACUCCGUCAGAAGAGCCUGGGGUGGCAGGAGGGCAGCAGCACAUUGCGCACCACCCUGUCCCGGGGACAAGGCGGACCGCGAGGGAUCAUUCCAGAGGAUCAAGUGAACGCAAUUCAGUCCCUUUUACAGACCCAGCGACGUUCCCGGACAGAAGUUUGGGCAAUGGACAGAGCAGCCUAGGGUGUAGCGUGUCCCAUGCCAUCCAACAUCCAGGCGAGUCAGCUGUUAAAACAGAGGAGGGGUUAGACGGACCGCUGGAGGGUGAGGUUGAUGGGCACCAGGCAGGUACGUCGCCAGUAUGUGAGGAGCGUCGGGCUCUGGGCCAGAGGAAAGUCGAUAUGGAAGUAGAUGUUGUUGUUGCCCUGAAGGAAAAGGAAAAAGCACAAAUAGGAGCCACUCUAGAUGACAGCCAAAAGGAAACUGUUUCCAUUACACACGCAGGUGUUUCUCACACUGAAAUGAAAAAUGAACCUGUGAUAAAAUCCAGAGUUGAGACCCAUCCAAUGACGCACAAAACCAACAUAACUGGUUUUGACACCCGCAAUCAACAAGUUACAAUGGAACUAAGAAGUAUAAAUGUCCCAAACACAAGCGUAUCUGAACAACAAAUUAACCCCCUAAAGGAAUCCGACAAACCUGAACCUUAUGUUCUUUCAGUCGCUGAAAUGAUGAGAUCUCAGAUAAAGGCCCUUGACUCCAAGAUGUCAAAUCCAUCUACAGAUGAGACAAGUUCAGCUUCAGUGGAUUCCAUUGCCGCCACUCCAAUUUUUGCUUUGUCAACCAAAAAAGAAGCAGCUAAAAAGACAGUUCCAGACUUAAGAGAGGAACCUAAAAAGGUGCAUGAUAUAGAGAGGGCAUUAACGAUUGAAGUGGAAGAGAAAAUAGAGACAAAGCCCCCAGACCAACCCCCGAAACCCAGUCCCCCUAAUACUGAAGCCGUAGCCUCUUUUAAUGUCCCUCCACAGGGAGAAGACAAUGCAACGGUACAGGAUUUGGAGAAGACAGUGGAAAUAGAUCAGAGAGUAGAGGCAAUUCCUGGUUCCACUCCCGCGUUACUAGACCCUGCGGCAGAACAGUUUGGAUUGCAACCUAGAAUAAAUCCUACAGAGUGUUCACCAGAGCAACCCCAGACUCCCACUGCCCCAAGUACUGAAGUUCUUACCUCUUCAACUAAAGGAGACGACAUUGUGAAGGGACUUGAUGUGGAGAGCACAAAAGCAAUAGAAGGCGGUGGUGUCACAGCGGUGGAUACUGCCAUCGGACCCGCAGUGACAGAACUUCAAACUCUGAGCACUGCACCGAAAUCAUGUACUACCGUAAACAUGGCAACCAAUUUUCCACUGGUUUAUCCAAUCAAGCCCUCGGAGAGAGUAGAGGCCAUACCUGUUUCCACUCCUGCGGUACUAGACACUACGGCAAAACAGUUUGGAUUGCAACCUAGUAUAAACCCUAAAGAGUGUUCACCAGAGCAACCCCAGACAGCCACUAACCCGAGUACUGAAGUUAUAACCACUAACCCUUUAACUAGAGGAGAAGAUAUUGUGAAAGGACUUGAUGUGGAGAGCACAAAAGAGAUGGAACCGAAAACGGACCCAAAUUCUGUUUCUAUGCCUGAGGUACCAGAUAUCACGUUGAAACUGUUUGAAACACCACCAGGAAUUCAUCAACAAACAACAACAGUGUGUACGGCCGACCCAGCCCUGACUCCCAUCACUCCAGCUAUCCCCCCAGAAGCCAUCCUCUCUUUCAGCAUCCCGCCCAUAACUGUGAUUGACACAGAGAGCUUCGCAGACACUGGCAACACUUAUAGCAGCAUGGAAAAUGAAGAUAUAGUGGACACAGGCCAUGAAUGUGGAACCCCAUCUCCAGUUUCAUUGGGAAAUAUAACUGACGCACCCCCUGCUGGCGCUACGGAUCUCAAUACCACAAUUACAUGUUCUUUUAAUGCUUCUCUGGGGGGAGGGAACUGCAAAGCACUUACUGAGUCAAAUUUGUCUGUUACCAUGACUCAGGAACAUAGGAAGCCUCCCUCAAGUGUGGAGACAGGGAUUGACACUGCAGAGUUGUGUUGUACAGGAGACUCUAGUGAGAUAAUUGGUCCUUCCUUAGAACAUCACAGUCCACAACACUUGGUACUGGUACAAGGUACUGAUGAAGGAUUUAAACAGAUCCCAAAUCCGGAACUUCAACUUAACAUUGAAAGUAAUUUGAAAAGCAUGCCUGUACUUUCUACGACAUGUGUUGACGCGCAGAAGAUACCCAAGCUUAAUAGAAGCAGUGUAGAGACCAAACAAGUGAUUGACUCUCAGCAGGAGAGGAACCUCUCCAUCAUUGAGCCAUCAACGACGGCGAUAGCCCCUCAGAUGCCUUCUUUGAACGAUGAAGCCCCCCUACAGGAGGUUAAGAGCGAUGCUCCGACCUUCUCUUCCGCUACCCCAAAGGAACUGGCCUUGGGAGCGCGACGAAAAAUCCUAAUCCCCAAACCGAAAACGGUCGAGGACAAUCCGACUAGCCCAAAAGCCGUUGACAGGGAACCUCAGAGCGAGGAAGUUCUCCCAAAGCCCAGCAAGGUGCUCCCGGGUGCUGCGACUCCGUACCCCCUCUCCGUACCCCCUAGUCCGUCUCAGCAAUCUCUCUUAGCUGUUGAGCCCAUCGGCCAGCGGACUCCGCCAGUGAGGAGGCGGUCACCGCUGUUGAGCAGGAAGUCGGUGGCUCAGGAGACCCCAGGAGGGGGAAAGGAAUCCCUGCAGCAGCCCCAGGCCCAAAGGAGUGAGGAGAAGUCUGCAGAGAAGGAAAAGCCUGACCCGUUCAAAGCUCCUCAGGUCAUCCGUAAGAUUAGAGGUGAGAGCUUCUCGGAUGCCUCGGGACACCUGAAGCUGUGGUGCCAGUUCUUCAACGUCCUGAGCGACUCUGUUAUCAGCUGGUAUAGGGACGAUGUGGAGGUAGUUCAGGUGAAUCGAAGUGCAGGAGAUGAGACCCCAGUAAACCUUGCUAUUGUCCAAGCAUCAAAGAGAGACUGCGGGGUUUACGGGUGCAAGAUCACCAACGACCAUGGCACCGACAUCACCGACCUCCUGCUGAGUGCAGAAAUCCUUGGGGGGAUGCGGCUGCGUGAGGACCUGGGUGUGGGAGAGGAGAUUGAGAUGACUCCGCUCCUGUUGAAUAAGGGCGUCGCCGACAGCGGGGUCUGGGGCAACAAGUUCUUUGGGCGCGUCAUGGUGCAGGAGUCUCAUAUUGGAGGUGGCUGUUCCCGCAAAACCUGGAGAGCCAAGGUGGUGUACGGCCUGGAGCCCGUGUUUGAGUCCGGCACCACUUGUGUGAUAAAAAUGGGCAACCGGAUUGCCUAUGGAGGCAAAGGAGAGGCCCAACUCACAGAGAGGAAUGUGGAAAUGGAGAGACAGAGAUGUAGAAUUCAGAGUCUGGCUCGGGAAUAUUGUAAGAUCUUCUCUGCGGAGUCAAGAGUGGUUGAAAACUUUGGUCCGUGCCUUGAGGUCAUUCCAGUCUACCUGAUGUACCGGCCAGCCAACACCGUGCCCUACGCCACAGUGGAGACAGACCUGAAGGGGGUCUACCUGAAGUACUGUAAGCUAAGUGCUGGGAACGGGCUAGUCUCCAGGACUGGCUCUGAGGUGGAGCUGAAAUGCUGUGCUCUGCAGCACUGGAUCCAUCAGUGGACCAACGGGAACCUGCUUUUCACUCAGAUGGAGGGUGUGGACAAUAAACUCACCAAUGUUGGAAUAUCAAUCAAAUCAACUGGGUAUCAGGGCCUGUCAGCCGUCGGGAAUCCGGACCUCUUGGAGCAGUUUGUGUCCCAGCACCAGUGUAACUACUACUGUGGACUGCUGGGCCUUAGGUCCCUGAAGCCCACAGACUCUCUGCAGACGCCGUCCUCCAAGUCCAGGGGCUCCAAAAGCCCCCUGCUGCAACGCAAGACGGCGGCUGGCACACACAGCCCUGGGACAGCCAGGAGAGUGGCCCUCAGCCCCCGGCUACCCAGGAAGGCUGACGGGGAACAGGAUAGGAGCAAGAGUCCUAUGAAAGCAAAAGAGGAUAGCCCCUCAAACAUAACGAGUUAAUAGCAGCCUCCUUAAGUCUCUCACCUCUCGGGAGAUCCCAAUGAGAGGAUCGUGAAGUGCUGGUUGUGCAGAAGAGAACCAGAUCUCAGGCCAGUAGGCUGGUGGAUGUGUGGGUGCAGAUCCCUACUGCUAGGAAGAGGAGGUGCACCCGUUUCCUUGAGCUUUAUCCCCCCUAAAGGGGGUCGAGAGGAGAAUAAUUAACUUGUUAAGGAUGUUGACUAAACCUGGGUACCUUAUUGGCACUCAAACAACAUUUAAAAUGAUCACCAGAAAACCACACAAAAGAAUGGCAUAGAUUGUUAUCCUGAUUUCACCAAAGGUCAAAAAUAAUUGGCAUUAACUUUUGUAGUAAUUAAAAUGUCAAACUAUUAAUUAAAAUGUAAUGAAAUAAAAGAAUAAUGUUCGAUGAGAAGUGCUGUAUACAUCACUCAACACAAUUCAGAUAGACACAAUAUCAUUUAAUUGAAUAAGGCUCCCAGUAUUGGGAGUCUACAAUGUUGAAUCACUCUUAGAUAUAAAUAUAAUAUAAUUAUAUAAUAAUAUAAUAUAAAAUAUAGGUUCGUCAUAUAGUAGUAGUUCGUCUAUAUGUAGAAACACAUACAGCAUUGUUUCUCUAUGAAUCAAGUUUUUUGUACAAUAUUUGUGUUUAUUUAUGCAUAAACCACUGAUGCAGGGACUCCUUCCUGUAAAAGGUCAAAUUAGUCAACUCAAUUAAACACCUGAAUCAUGAAUGAACAAACAAGUUUGACCGUUAAAGGCAAAAGACAAUGUGUAAGCUAUCCAGAGUGUCUCCACUGUGUCAGCUGUGAUGAUGUUCAAGCCACCGAAACGCGUCACAAGCUGUUAACAAUGGAAUAGAACAUGACAAUUGACCGUGACUUCAACCAGAAGGCUAAGGCUUUAAUUACACUCAUUUUCCCACCCCCUACCCAUCGGGAGUGGAGAUUCAAGAUUUGGGAAUACAAAUGAGAAAUUUGUAGAGUAGGGCUUGAGAUGUUAUUGCUGCUAAACCAGAAUAUUUUUGCCUGCUUUUUUUUUUUCUAUUACCAAACUAAAACCAGGGCGGUUACUCAUUUCAGCUAUUUGACACAGUUACAAUUUUCAUUGAUUGAUGUUUGAAGAUGUUUAAUUUCUCCAAAAUAAUAACUAUUGUGGACAAUGGUUGAGAUAUAGAUAGAGCAAACUAUUACCUUGGUUGGUCAGAUUAAAAAAUGUGUACGUUCAAGUUAGCUGAUUGUACAUUUGGUUCAAAGACACACACGUUAUUUUGUAUGGAAAUACCUCUGAAUCUCCAUCUCCGUUGACACAGUUAGUAUGAAUUUGAAACACAUUUGUCUGAACAGAUUCAAAGAAUCAAAAUGAGACAUUCUGUAUUAAUCUUUACAGAUUGGUUCAGUGCGUAAGAGGAAAAUGAAUGACUGAAUCAGGCAAAAAAUAGAGAGGGGGUUAUGCAUUUUCCAAGCUCUUCAUGUCUUGAUAGGCAGCUCUGGUCAGAUGUAAUGAAGAGCUCUGAAUGUGUUUAAUGGGAGAAAACUGAGAAUUAACACUCAUGUCAUACAGUAGCCAGUUGUCUAAUGAAAGAUCUGGUCCAUGUGCAGCCUGGCUUUAAAUAUUCAAUGUCAUUCAAUGAAGGAUAGAGAAGUCCAAGGGCCUUCGGUGGUAUUAGGCUACCUCAGGAUUGUUAUUAUUUAAGGUACCAACCUUUAAUAAAUGGUGUUUAUAAGAAAUAUGGUUUUGAUUAUUUAUUUUUAACUUGUGAGUGAGGUUUUAAAUCAGAUAAUCUCUGCCUUGUUUACUCA